AAGCCUCGCCACUUCAUCUUCUUCCCCGCGCACACCACACAGCUGCACCAUUUCCAUACCCAUAGAUCAUCAUGGAGAUCCAGAUCCCACACUCCAUCCUCUUCACCUUCCUUUGCUUCGUCGUCUUCAUACGCAAACUUAUUUCCGUGAAAUAUCCCAAAAACCUACCACCAGGACCAAGGAAACUACCACUUAUAGGAAACCUUCACCAGAUUGGGUCCUUGCCACAUCGAUCUCUUAGAGACCUCGCUAACAAGUAUGGACCCAUAAUGCAUCUUCAGCUCGGACAGAUGUCCCACGUCAUAAUCUCUUCACCAGACCUAGCCAAAGAGAUCAUGAAAACCCACGACAUCAUCUUCUCCAACAGACCCAAAAUCUUUUCUGGUGAAGCCUUGUGUUAUAACAGCACAGACAUAGCCUUCUCUCCUUAUGGAAACUAUUGGAGGCAACUCCGAAAGAUUUGUACUUUGGAGCUUUUGUCCGUGAAAAGAGUCCAGACAUUCAGAAAAAUAAGGGAGGAGGAGGUUUCUGCGUUUGUGAAGCAUGUUUCUGAACAUGAACUUGGUUCUGUAAUGAAUCUCACUCAGAAACUCUAUCCACUCACGAAUUCCAUAAUUGCUCGAGCAGCCUUUGGUCGAAAGACUGGUAACGUAGAAGGUGCUCUUGCGGGAAUGAUGUACACAGUCGAGCUUGUGAGUGGCUUAUCAAUCUGUGAUCUCUAUCCUUCACUUGAAUUCCUUCGUGUGAUCAAUGGUACGAGAGCUAAAGCUGACAAGGCACACAGAGAUCUUGAUAGGAUGCUCAGCAACAUCAUCAACGAUCACUUAGAAAAGAAAGAUGGCCAUAAGCAGGACGGAGAAGCAGAAGAGGAUCUGGUUGAUGUUCUUCUCAGGAUUCAGAAAGAGCAUGAUCUUGAAAUUCCCUUAACUUUCGACAACAUCAAAGCUAUCCUCCAGGACAUGUUCAUUGGUGGGACUGAAACUACAGCAACAACAACAGAGUGGGCAAUGGCAGAAAUGAUAAGAAGCCCAGAAGUGAUGAAGAAGGCACAAGAAGAAGUGAGAAGGAUCUAUGGAAACAAAGGAUACGUGGAUCAAUCAGAACUUCAUCGGUUAAAAUAUGUUGACUCAGUCAUUCGAGAAACUUUAAGAUUACACCCACCUGUAUCUUUAUUGGGACCAAGAGAAAACAGUGAGGCAUGUCGAAUCAAUGGGUACGAUAUACCAGCAAAAACUGUUGUGAACGUCAAUGCUUGGGCCAUUAAUAGACAUCCUGAUUAUUGGAACGAACCUGAGAAGUUUCAACCAGAGAGGUUUAUUAACAACACAGUUGAUUACAAAAGCACCAAUUUUGAAUUGAUUCCAUUUGGUGGUGGAAGAAGGAUAUGCCCUGGAGUGUCAUUUGCUACGCCAAUUUUAGAACUGAUAAUUUCCAAUUUGCUUUAUCAUUUUGAUUGGAAACUUCCUAAUGGAGAAAAGCAUGAAGAAUUAGACAUGUCUGAGAGCUUUGGCGCUGUGGUGAAAAGGAAGAAUGACCUAUGUUUAGUUCCCAUGGCAUAUAGGCGCCCUUAGGUUUAUUACCUAAUGAGUAGAAUAAUAAUCACACAGCACUCACAUACAUGCACUUCCAGUUACCCAGACGUGUAAAGCAAUAUUAUAUAGUUGACGCUCUGUGGCCUCCUAGUAGCUAUUUUCUUCUCUUUUUUUUUGGGUAAUUCUAGUAGCUAUUUUCUUUAACAAUAAUGAUGAACAACUAAUUGAGUGCACCCAGAUCAGGGUUCGUACUCUAGGAAGUUGUACCAUGCAGGUUUGCUUUGUUUGUUUGGGGGAUACUAUGUUGUGUUGGAUAAUGUUAUAAAAGGUUCGUUAAUUUACAUUUCUCUUUAAUUA